GUUCGGGGCUGGUCUCCGCCUCCAACGGAAACCAGCUGAGACAGGCUAGAGAAGACAAGAUGGCGGAGUGAGUGGGUUGCACUUUGUACCGACGAUUGCGACCCUUUAAUUUAGCCAAAAACGCUCCCGGGGGAUCGUAACGGCAGCAGUACCGUCGAAAGAGUAAUUUGGCCUCAGAACCGGGAGAAGGCCGGAACUUUGUUCCAGCGGGGUCCUCGCGACAUCGUUCGCUCGAUGCUAACGUUCGAUGUGGCUAGCAUUAGCUGCUAACAGUCCAUCUGAAGGCCGUAAACUUGUUGGGAUUUAGUCUUGGGUGUAUAUACUGUGGCGCUGACACGUCUUUUUUGUUUUUUAUUCGAUGACUGUGUCUAAUAUACGGUCAUUUCACCUGAAAGCUCACGACAAAGAGAAGAACUCUAGAAGAAAUAUUGAAAAUUUGAUUGUUCCUCCUUUCUUUUGUCGACGAUUAUUGUUCGUGCUGAGAGCUGGCAGCGCUCAUUUUAUCCUGUAACGUCGCGGUCUGAACACACAGCUCUAUGUCCUGCUGAAAAUCAGGCUAGACCCACAUAAAAAAAACCAAAUCCGUUGGAAAUUGUACCCGAGUGGAUCUUAUUAUGGCGAGCAGCAGCGGCUCCAAAGCAGAGUUCAUAGUCGGUGGGAAGUACAAGCUCGUUCGAAAGAUUGGAUCGGGAUCUUUCGGUGACAUAUACCUGGCCAUCAACAUCACAAAUGGAGAGGAAGUAGCUGUAAAGUUGGAAUCACAAAAAGCCAGACACCCACAGCUGUUGUACGAAAGUAAGCUGUACAAGAUCCUACAAGGAGGUGUUGGGAUCCCACACAUCAGGUGGUAUGGCCAGGAGAAGGACUACAAUGUUCUAGUCAUGGACCUGCUUGGACCCAGUCUGGAGGACCUGUUUAACUUCUGCUCUCGUCGCUUCACCAUGAAAACAGUCCUUAUGCUGGCAGAUCAGAUGAUCAGCAGAAUUGAGUAUGUACACACAAAGAACUUCAUCCACAGAGACAUCAAACCAGACAACUUUCUCAUGGGCAUCGGCCGUCACUGUAACAAGCUGUUCCUUAUCGACUUUGGUUUGGCAAAGAAGUACAGAGACAACCGAACGCGACAACACAUCCCUUACAGAGAAGACAAGAACCUGACCGGCACCGCACGCUACGCGUCCAUCAACGCACAUCUGGGCAUAGAACAAAGCCGUCGUGAUGACAUGGAGUCACUAGGCUACGUGCUGAUGUACUUCAACAGAACAAGUCUGCCAUGGCAGGGACUAAAGGCUGCUACAAAGAAGCAGAAGUAUGAGAAGAUCUCAGAAAAAAAGAUGUCCACCCCCGUUGAGGUCCUUUGUAAGAGUUUCCCCGCUGAGUUUGCGAUGUAUCUGAACUACUGUCGUGGUUUGCGCUUCGAGGAGGCUCCAGACUACAUGUACCUGCGCCAACUGUUCCGCAUUCUCUUCAGGACUCUAAACCACCAGUAUGACUACACAUUUGACUGGACCAUGCUGAAACAGAAAGCAGCUCAGCAGGGAGCCUCUUCAGGGGGCCAGGGCCAGCAGGCACAAACCCCCACAGGCAAGCAAAAUGACAAACCCAAGCCUAACAUGAAAGGGUUCUGAUGGGUCCCAGACCAGAGCGGAUCAGCUGUUGGUGACCAGGACCAACAGGCGACUUUCUGGACGAGCGACAAACACAAAGUCUGUCUUUUCUUCCAUCAUAAGUAUCUACGUAAUGGAAAUACUCAGACAUACACAAAUUGUCGUCUGUAUUUUCUGUGUAUAAAUCAUAAAAUUCCACUUGGGAAAUGUGUGGGGUUUAUUUUGUUCUGUCCUUUUUUAAAGGGUGGGGAAGCUGUAGGUAUCACCCCCCAACUCCAAACACACCGUUCUCCAUCUGUCGAUGUCUGUCCGUUUCUGUUCAGAGGUUUUUUAGGGACUGGUUAAGAGUCAGCUGACCUGUUUUUAUUUUUCUCCCAGUGGUAUAAAUCGUCCCAGUCCCUCCUCACGUCAUUAUUUUACUCCUUUCUGUACCAAACGAUUGGGGAAACGUGUAAACUUUAAACCUGUUCUUUUCUUCCUUUUUUUUCUUCCUUUAAAUAAUUAAAAGAUGCAAUCCUGGAUGUUUAUUUACAAGAAGGUUUGAUUUAUUUUUGUUUGCUUUCUUCCUGUUUUCCUGAGGUGAUUGAGUAAACAGCUGGUAAUAAAAGGAGGAAAUGGCAGUAAUUGAUGGUAGAAACUUCUGCUCUCUCCCUAUCUCUAGAAUUAUUAAAUCUGCUGUAAAAUGGUCUUCUCCAGAAAUGCCAAUAAAAACGUUGCUUAACUCAG